AGAGAGAUAGAGAUAGAGAGAGACAUAGAGAGAGAGAGAGAGAGAGAGAGACAGAGUAGGGAUUGUGUGAGAGAGAAAGGAGAGAGAGAGUCGUUUGUUUCCGUUUUCUUUUUUCUGUUAAAUAUAUGUGAAACAGAGACAGAAGGCGAUGGUGUCGGACCAGGAAUUAGCGAAAGGGGUGGAGACUGUGCUCCGUCAAUCAGAACCCAACUCCGUCACGUCCUUAGACGGCGUCGUUCAGCAACUCGAAGCGAAGCUAGGGUUAAACCUCUCACACAAGGCAGGCUUCAUUCGUGACCAGAUCAACCUCCUGCUCCGGGCACACCCGACCAGUGUCACAACAACCGCAACCACCAUAGCUGCUACACAACAACGGCCUCCGCCGCCGCCGCUGCCACAGCCACAUCCACAUCCACAUCCACAUCCACAUCCACAUCCGCAACUACAUACUAUGCACCUUGCACAAAAAGACCAUUUUGCCCUCCAACAUCAUCCGCAAUUCCAACAAUUCCCUGUUCAUUUUGCCCUCCAUCCCCACCAACAACACCACCACCAGGUUUUUCCGCAGGACCUCAACUUCCGCCAGCCGCAGCCGCCACCGAAUGCCCCACCGCCCAAGCAGCACCAGCAGCAGCAACGGCAGAGGCAGCAAUCAUCGCCUCUUCCGAAAACCGAGGUCUUCUCCCAAAAUGCCACCCCUGCCCCUUCGGAAUUGUCCAAAGAAAGUGCUCCAGUUGGGGCCAAAAGAAGAGGUGGCCCAGGUGGGUUAAACAAAGUUUGUGGCGUUUCACCUGAACUUCAGGCCGUUGUUGGUGAGCCAGCCUUGCCAAGGACUGAGAUUGUGAAGCAAUUGUGGGCAUACAUAAGGAAAAACAACCUCCAAGAUCCAAGCAAUAAGAGAAAGAUAAUUUGUGAUGAUGCCCUACGAGUGGUUUUUGAGACAGACUGCACUGACAUGUUCAAGAUGAAUAAGCUGCUUGCUAAACAUAUCAUUCCUCUUGAACCUACAAAGGAGGGUGGUCAAGCUAAACGAGUGAAGGUGGAUGUUGAGUCCACAACUGAAAAUACUGAUUCUGGUGCUUCUGUAGUGGUGAUAUCUGAAGCUCUUGCCAAGUUCUUGGGGACCACUGGAGGAAGCGAGAUGACACAAGUAGAGGCUUCCAGGCGUGUUUGGGAGUACAUAAAGGUUAACCAAUUAGAGGAUCCACUGAAUUCGAUGGUGAUAUUAUGUGAUGCAAAGCUCGGAGAGCUUCUUGGAUGUGAAAGCAUUUCUGCAGUGGGGGUAGAAGAGAUGUUAGCACGACAUCAUUUGUUCAAGAAGUCAUGAUGUUUGGCUAUGCUAACUGCUAGUGGUGCAAGGAAUGUUUUGUCAGUACCGCCCUUCUGAUCUGAUGGUAGAACAGAUAGUUAAGAACCUUAAUUUUUCCCCCUUUUCUGUUCUUUUAUUUUUGUUAUUGUGAAUUAACAUGGCUAGAUGAAAUGGUGAUUUACUCUCUAGUUUGUUGUGAUCAGGAUGAAAAUGUACCACGGGCCAAUGGCAUGGUGUAUCUUUGUAGUAAUGCCUUUGCCCUGGAUUUUUAGGCUGUCUUGCUAAUCUUUUGCUGUUUGAACUUGUCCAUGCCUAACCCUUAUAGUAGGUAACAGCAGUGGAAUUGUAAAAUCUUACUUCCUUGAAUGACCCAUUGGGGUAUCUCAUUCCAUAUCUA